UUGAUUUUCUAUACUUUUUUAGGAAAAGUUGGUACAAAAAGGGAGGCGCAUCCCGAUGUCGGAAAAAAAGCCGUCAGGUUAAGAAAAAAAUUGCUACAAUCUGGUUGAAAGUCAAGCGUCUUGGAUGGAUCCUGCGCCUUUUCGUACUUCUGAAAGGGAAGCCGAUAAAAUCAUCAAAAAUCUCCAUGCUACCAUUUUUUUUCGCAAAAGUAAUUGUCUUUCUAGAGCUGUAGAAGUAUUAAAAAGUAUUUUACAUGGUAUUAAGUGCUAUGGUUCUCCUGACGAUUUCGAAACCAAAGAAUUCAAGGAAAAGCUCCAAAACCUUGAAUCUAAGAAUUGGAAUCUACCUAAUGAAUGCAGCACAGUGCUUGGCUUCAUCUUAAUAAAGAUUCGGUCUCAUGAUGCCCAUUCUUACGUGGUAAUUUGCACCAUUGCUGGAGCAAAUGCCCUUGAGAUGGGGCUAUUUGAUGUUGCUGUAGAUUUUUUUCGUGCUUCAUGUCAGUUUUUGAAGAAACUUGAAAAAGAGCCCGAAUUUCGUGUGACUGUUGCUGUCAGAAAUAACAUGGGAUGCGCAGAGGCCAUAAUGGGAGUAGCCCCAAGCGAGACAGACCUUCAAAACCUGCUCACUGAAUUGAUGCGUAACACACGCUUAUAUGACAUCGUGGCCAAUAAUUUAGCUUGUGCUUACUUAAAACACGGUGAAAGGGAUAUUGCAAUUAAACUCAUCACUGGUCCCAUCAAUGGAUUCGUAAUUCGGAAUAGAAGUUGGCUAAAAGCUAAAGCUCAAAAGAGCUGUGCGUUUUCAGAUGAAAUGCAAAACGAGUCCAGGAGAAAUGGUGACCGCUUGCCAAGUGAUCAUGGACAUCAUUCACGUGAUCAUGAUGGCUUGUCACGUUAUCGAGAACCUCGUUCAUCUGGCGGUGUACUAAGGGCUAACUUUGUCAGCAAUGAUGAUUGGACACUCGACAAAAAAGCAAAUUCGUCGGGUUAUCAGGAUCUUGUAGUUUUAAAAAACUAUACUGAUCUAUUUAUCAAAAAUGGUGCAAUUAAUAACUUGAAGAUCAUUGAGGAGGUUGACCUGAAUAGUUAUACUACCUUACCUGGAUGCCAAAAAAUUCUCAAAGCUCUCCACUGUUCUCUUGCUGUGUAUUUAGUCGGUGAAGGGAAUAUUAAGAAAGCGCAAGAAGAGAUGGUUCAUGUUCUUUUGACUGAUUCCUCGUCUAUUUUAUACAUUUUAGAAGAUGUUGAUGAUGACCAUGUGUGUGCCGCUGAUUUGAUUCUUUCAAGAGAGAUAGUAUGCGCAUUAAUUUCCGUAGGAGAAAGAAAUCUCGCGAAAACUCUUUUGAAAUCAGGUAUUGAAGUAUCUAUUCACCAUUAUAAUGAUGAUCAUCCGAUUUCAUUGUAUUUUUCAAAAGUAAUGGAUAGCUUAUCCAAUGGUGAUAACCAGUGUUCAACAAUGUACAGAUUGAUUGAUCUUUUUGAAUCUCCACUAAAAACGGUGUCAGACGUGUUUACUUCUGGUGACCUUGACUCUCAAGUUAUCAAGUCAGAUCUCACUUCCUGUGAAGAGAUCCACAAUCUAUUGUUGGUUGAUAUGGCAUGUAUUACCAAAGACGCAAAAGAGGAAGAAGCUAGUCUCUCCAUCAGGAGAGGAACGUUUUCAAGUAGUCCAGAACAAAUUCUCGCUCUUGCAUUGAGCACAUGUACAUACAUGCUUUCACAACAUGAAGAAAACCAGAUUUUCAUUGAUUUUUGUAAAUACCAAUUGGAGUUCCUACGUAAAGUUUCGAUUAUGUCUGAAGAUGCGAUCGGCUGUUCAAAGGAAAUUCAUCUCAACCCCAUUUAUGGGUUGCAUGCUAUUGCUGGAUUGUGCUUCCUCCUUGAAACUGCUGCUGAAACAAAAGCACUGCCGCUAGUUAGUGUAUGUGAAACGUUGGUUGAAGUAAUGGCAUACCAUGCUGAAAAGAAUAAAACAGCCAUAGAAAGUCCAAAUCUGGAAAUGUACAAGGAUUUUUAUGGCAAUAUUUCAUUUUAUGUAAGCUAUAGAGAAAUUACCGUGUCAGGAAAACCAUCACGCUUGUGUAACAUCAUMACUUGCGGCCGUUACGAACCUGAGAAUAAUGAAGACAAAGACAACACAAAAAAGGAGCAACCGCUGUUCAAAGCAACCGCAUUGAAGACAAGCAGUUAUCAGGAGKCGACAGAAAGCUCCUUUUUUUCGACCGUCUUAAUACACASAGCAAGAKCACUUCUGGACAUCGGAGAACUGCGCAAGAUCAACGAGAAGUCUCUGGAUAACCUAAGUUUGAGCUUGGAUGYCGUCAUUGAAUUUGUGCCAAGUUGGUCUUCUAUUGCUGAAAGACUUGGAAUUWRCUUGGAAUUGUUAAGAAUCRUCRAGCUAGAACAGUCCGAUUUGAAAGAGUUCUAUGCUCAUGAGUACCAGAAGAAAAUCACUUUUACCAUGAAAACCGAGCCAGCGCUUCUCCAAGCAGCGCUKCACCACCAUUUCAAGGUGAAGGUACUUGCUGAAGAAGUGUACAAAUCUGGUGAAGAUCAGAUCACAAUUUUCUUUACCAAUCACAAACAUGGUGUGCUAAAACUGGUUACCAAAGAUGAGCACCUCKUACUUAUCUUGAAAAUAUUGCGCCCCAGUCCUUCAGAAGUUGACGCCAUACCAAAUGAYAUCACCAGAAUAUGUGAUGAAGUCAUAACGAAGUGCAAAAAUAAUUUUGAAUUGUGUCUUGAAUCAGAGAGUCCUUGGCUUAGAGUGACAGGUGGAAUACAGGACUCCAUCAAUCRAGAAAGUCGUGACAACAAUCUUGAAAUUGCUCUUGAGGAAAACUUGAAAUUGAGAAGGGUAAACUCCUACUUGAAGAAUAAAGUUCGAGAUCUUACUAAAGUAUGCGAUGAACUACAAGACAACGUGCCAUGCCUUGAAAUCCCAGUAACACGUUCUCAAAAUGACGAUGCAACACAAAUGAUGGUAACAAGCAAUGAUGAGCAAUAUGGCCUUGUCUGUGAUGAUACUUGUAAUCAAGAUGGCGAAGAUUUUUCUCUCUGCAGCCUUGACAACGAGCAAACCAGAUCACUGUCGUUGGAGCAUGAAAUUCACGAGGAUGGAAAGACAGCUAGUAAUGAUGCCAAUUACCUACUAGAAAUCGGAGAAGCUGAAUUCCGUCGACAAAACGCUGAGCGAAAUUUGUACAAGUUUGUUAGCUUACAGCAAGAUGUCCAGUCAUUUAAGAGAAGAAAUUUAUCUCGGAAAACACACUCUACACCAGGCGCAAUCCAAGGGGCAACAAACRACGCCGGUGAAAGUUCUGCAUCUUAUUGCCCUUCARAAGAUGUUGACGAAUGCUUAUUGAAACCUGGCAUCGGCACAGACAAGUCGUGUUUGGACAACGAUUUUGAUACUCUCGGUACAAGCAGUGACCAGAGAAUGAUUGAAUACGGCAAUGGCGUAAGUUCUGUAAGGUCUUUCCCCAUCGCAAAUCAUUUUAUUCUCAAAGAGGCCGAUUCCUCUUAUGAUGAUUCCUUCAUAGUUGAACGUGGCGCACUCUUUGAAGUAACUGAUGACGGUAAACAAWCUGUACUACAAACAAGAUCUCAUGUGAGCGAUAGUGACUCCAGUUUGGAAUCCUUCCAAAGCGCCACAGAAAGUUUUAUUGGGGCAUGUGGUGGUCCCCCAAAAAGUGAAACUAACAGCAMGCUUGAACAAGCCUCCGAAGAAAGAGAUUCUCUGCAAAUAUCARGAUAUGGAAAGACAUUAGCAGYUCUAGGAAAAGACCCGUACAACUAUGGAUUUGAGUCACUGAAUUCUUGCACAACUUCMAAACAAGUAGAUCUUCCAACUUCCUUCACAUCGAAAGCRAAUAAACUGGAAAGACGUAUUGCAGAUGAUGAAGCAAGAUGUGCUAGUGUCGAGCAAAAGAGAGCAGGUCGUGCUCCCUUACAUUCAACAAAACUCAGAAAUGCUGAAACUGUCGUUGCUGAUGGUCCAUCAUCCACUCAUAGGCAGGAGUUGCUUAUAUCGGACGAUGUGCCUCGAAAGUCAGGAGAUCAAGCAUUKCCUUCUGAUCCCUUUCAACAAAUUUCAACGCGUGUCUUAACACCAGGGACAUCUUGGUGUGGCAAAAGUAAUGUUAUCCAAAAUCUUUCUGAAUUGAAUCUGCAAACAAGUGAAAGCACUAGUGCCCUGCAAGAGGAAAAUCGUGCUAAUUCAAAACCCAUUCUCAUAAUUGGACUUCCAGGCAUAGGGAAAUCUCUGCUUUGUCAAAAGCUUGUUAGAGAMAUGACUCAAGAAUAUUUGCCAUUUUCUAGCCUAAGCUCCAAGGUCAAAUUUGCCUUUCUAGUGCCAUUUCACCAGUUGAAUAUAUUUGRAAGGAAGAAUUGUACUCCUCGUGAGCUACUGAACCAUUUUUCUCUUCCUGGUAAUAAUUCAGUUAUUGACAAGUCACGUUUCCAGCAAAUUGUGGAACAACCACAGCAAGUCAUGCUCGUGUUUGAUGGAUACGAUGCUUAUUCGUACCGUGAAGACAUCUUGGAUAACGACUUUGAACAGCAGUACAAGAACGAUCCACGUAUCGAAAUGCCUCCACCUGUCAUCAUUUCCAAAAUAUUGAGACAGAGAAUUCUUGGCAGAGCUCAUGUAGUGAUAACAUCGAGGCCAGAUGAAGCCAAGGAGUUGCGAAGGAUAAACAUAACUGAUUCCAAAGAGAUAUCUGGGCUUUCGUACACUGAAAUGAAAAACUUCAUCGAGGAGUCCUUCCAAUCAAAGCCAUCAAAUCAAGGUCUCUCUAUGGUUCCAAGUUUGACUGAAAAAGAACGUGAGCUGGGCACGGAAGAUGUAAUUAGUCACUGGUCUUUGCCACCACAACAACAUGCUGCAAACCCAGUUGAUUAUAAAAUGCAGGAAGGACACUAUCUUUACCAACCCCUUUGGGAUGAGGAACUGGGACAACAAGGAGAGAACCUAAAACAAAGGAGAAAUCGCGUUGUGAGCGAAGGCGAUGACAAGCAACCUUACAGUCGUUUAAGAGAUUACUUCAAUACGUUUUCAGAUGCUCCAAGAGAUGAAAUAACAGAUGUCGUAAGUGAUACACAUCCAUGGGUUUCAAGCUCUUCAUUUCUUGGAAAGUAUUUCAACGACUCAGGUUUGCAAAACGAUGGAGGGGCUCCUAGCCCGUUCAUGUCAAUGCCAAUUUUAAAUAAUCAAGAACAUGCAAGAACAAAUACAGUACCGUURAAGGAAUUUGUUACUGUUGAAUUUCAAAGUAAAAGUGAUAAUCGAAACCUCGCAGAGUCUUUGAAUACAUCCAAAGAUAUUUGUGAUGGUCCACAAGAUCAACUAAAAGRAAAUCCACUGUCUCAACUGAGUGACAAUUUUAAUGAUUCCUUUAAUACUGAAUAUGCCGAAGAAUGCGGAAACAAAAGCAGCCUCCAUAUUGCUAAAGACAUCAGAGACAAACAAAGUGAAAUGCAUUCAGCAAUUAACUUAGCCACCACUCUCCAAAGCUGUGAACAGUACGAAGAAGCCAUUUCGUACGGAAGAAAGUGUCUAGACAUUGCAAAGGAGCUCAACGACAAAAACAUGGAAAUGCGUGCAAUUCUAAACAUUGCUACAACCUAUCAGAAUUUAGAGCGUUAUGAAGACGCUAUUGUUUUAAACCUCCAUUGCCAAGAACUGUCACAAGAAAUGGGUAGCCUGGAGAUGGAAGCACGUGCAGUUAUGAAUUUGAGCAUUAUCUACCAUGCAACACAUCGAUUCAAUGACGCUGUUGAAAUGAGURAGARAUGCAUUCAAUUAUCGACAGCAAGUGGCGACAAAUCAAUGGUAAUGAAAGCAGCAAGAGAUAUUGGAAUGAUUUACCAAACCAUUAAUAAAUACAACGAUUCUAUUCACUAUUACCAAAUGUGUCUGGAAAUUUCAUGUGAAACUGCUGACAAAGAAAUUGAAAUGCAUGUGUCCAGGAAUCUGGCAGUGAUCCACCAACAUUUGAACCAAGUGCACGAAGCCAUUUCCUACUAUAAAAGGUCUUUUGAGAUUUCUAAAGAACUGGAAGACAAAGAUAUCGAGCUGUCAACAGCAAAGGAUCUAGCUUCAAUUUACAUGGGCUUGAAUCAGCUUGGUGAUGCAGUUGCUUACAACCAGCGGUGUCUACAGAUAGCUCAAGAAAAGGCUGAGAAACAGCUGCAGAUAGAAAUUGCUGAGAAUCUAGUGAAAGCCUACAAAGUCUUGAACGAACAUGAAAAUGCAGUUUUCUAUUACAAGAUCCUCUUCCAAAUCGCCAAGGAACAAGAUGACAAAGAAAUGGAGAUGCAAACGAGCAGAGAAAUUGCAAUAUUGUAUCAAGGCAUGAGCCAAAAGGAAGUUGAUGCAAUUCUAAACAACGAAAGAUGUCUGAAAAUAGCUGUUGAACUUGGUGACAAAAAAAUGGAGAUGGACGUAACCAGUGAUCUUACGAACACCUUCAAAAAAAUGAAUCAGAUCGGCCAUGCUAYCGAACACUGCGAAAGAUGCUUUGAAAUCGCUAAUCAACUUGGUGACAAGAAGAUGGCUAUGUGUAGAGCUGUGGAUCUGGGUGAAUUCUAUAAGAUCUCUGAACAGUACAAUGAUUCUGUUGUUUACUAUAAAAGAGCUCUAGCAAUUGCAGRGGAAAUUGGCGAUAGGGAGAAGGAAAUGCAAGCGAACAGAGAAAUUGCAGUAGUGUACAAARCGUUAAAUAAGCCUUUCGAUGCCCUUGAUUGCUUCACAAAAUCUCUGAAAAUUGCAAAAGAAAUUGGCGACAGGGAGCAGGAAAUUCAAGCGACCAGAGAAAUGGCUGUAAUAUACAAAUCGUUAAAUAAGCCUAAAGAUGCCCUGCAUUACUUGAAAAAAACUAUGAAAAUUGCAGAAGAAAUUGGUGAUAAGAGAACAGAGUUGACUACAAUUAGGGAGAUGGCAGGAAUAUCCAUAACCUUGCACGACGUUGCUCAAGCUGUUUCUUAUAAUAACAGAUCUCUAAAGAUUUCAAAAGAAAUCGGCGAAAGGGCGAUAGAAAUGGAAAUAUCGCAAGAGUUAGCURCAUUAAGUAAAGACAUGGACMAMCUCGAGGAUGCGAUUUCCUAUCAUGAACGAAGUUUGAAAAUUGCCAAAGAACUUUYUGAUCGGCAAAGUGAGAUGAAUAUAUGCAUGAAUCUUGUCACCCUCUACAAAKCGCUACAUAAAUAUGAYAAAGCUAUUGAACCCGCCAGGGCAUACUGGAGCAUGGCCAGGCAAAUGAACGACAGCAAUGUCGAAAUCAAGGCUUGCUUAUUAUUGAUCAGCUUGUAUGAGUUUCAGGGAAUAUAUGAUGAAGURUUCUUGUUCAGUCGAAGAGGCCUGGAAAUUGCCAAAGAAAAUGGUGACAAAAAGGCAGAGGUGAUAAUCUGUCUAGCAGUUGGGGAAGCGUGCMAUUCUCUGGAACAARUCAAAGCACAACCGCAGUGGGAAAAAGUCAGYAAAGAUAUUGAGRGAAAGGUUGCAUCCAUUCGUAAAGCYAUGAAGCUAAAGACAUUKGAUAGAAGAAGUGAUCGUGCCAUGAACGUAGCUGCAUCUGAUGGAAGAAGUAAUCGUCCCGAAGGUGAAACUGGCUCUGGUGCAUACAGUCAAAGUCAUCCUCGUAAGGCCGACRUGGAUUUGUCUAGAGGCAUUAUUGAAGUAGUUAUGGAAAUGGAGAUACCUAUGACAUUAAACGAGGCAUAYAACUCCCUGACCAACAACCACAUUACUCCUUCAGAAGAGCAGAAAUGUAUACGCUUAGCAAAUGAGAUCUGGGCUGCCUUUAAAGACUUAAACGUCCGUUCACAUGUCACACCACAGGCUCUACAAGGAAGCAAUGAUAGGAAAGGAGAGAGGACUUCUUUUAGAGAUCGUUCGUCUAAAGGUAAAAACCCUAACAAAAGCARCAAGACUAAGACAUCUAUCUACCAAUCUUCAGGAAGCGAUGGCACAACGACAAAUGGUCAUCCGAGUGCACCUGGAGGUGAUUUUGGAUCUAAAGGCUCCCUUUUGAAGGGACGCUCUUCCUAUAAAGAUAACUCAUCUUUUGAUUCAAGCAGUACUACAUCGUCUGAUAGCCAAACGCUCAACAGCACRUGUACUAGAUCUGAAAAUGAAACACCGAGUGAUAAUGUUACAUCGUCAGAAUUUGGCAAUCAGACUGCCGACACGACAUCUUUACCUGUUUGCARCGUGGUUUCUUCCCAUUCAGACAAUACUGAUACUUCAAGCAGCGAGUGUGCUCUGAGAUCUCUCGAAGAAUCAGUUGGCAUGGCUAGAGAAACUAUGGGCAGCCUAAUGACGCAAAGUAUGUACGACAUGGAUCAUCGUCUACGAGAGAACAGACGAAGAGAACGCGAGCUCAGAAGACGAAUAGAACAAGAAGAAAUCGAMAGAAUGAUKGCAGCAAAAAAAGCAAAGGAGCUCGAGAAACAUGACAACUCACUCCAACCAGCSAGUCUUCCAGUCCARGUAGACGACGAUGACCUGGUGUCAUGCACCCAUUUCAAGAGAGGYUGUGACAUGUUCUUCCCAUGCUGCGAKGCGUUCUACCAAUGUCAUCGAUGUCACAACCAAUCAGAUGCUUGUCACGUCAACGAUAGUAAAGCUGCAGACGCCACACRUUUACGAUGUCGAACAUGCAGGACUGUCCAGGAAAUAACGCCUCAAGGAAGCCAUUGCACUCAUUGUAAAAGAAAACUGUCUGAAUAUUUUUGUGGGAUAUGUAAACACUACACCGGUGAGUUGAAUAGAAUAUUUACAGCCGUUUGAAUAAAGCAGCACCUAAAUUAUCUGGAACGUCAAACGUUUUUUUAUUUCAAUUAAUUGUGAAAAUUGUACAAAAAUGAAAACCUUAUUUGCACUAGAGGGUAAUAAGAAUGAUGAUUUGUUUCAUGUGAAGUUUAUAGGUCUUGAUGCACCUUUCCAUGAGAUUGUUUUUUGCAUGGCUACAAAUAUUCCACACAUACACGAGACAGUUUCAUUCAUAUGAUUAUAACCUUUCUAAGUAAAUUGUUCUUUGACUAUCUUCAUGAAUUUUAAUAUAAACAUAAUCAUUUCAGCUGAUGAU